AUGUUGGCGAAGUUCGAAGAAUACUCACAGUCAUUAGAGAAAGAACUUCGUGAAAAGGUCGGCUUCAGAAUGGCAAUCAGCUUCGUGUUGUCAUACGUCAUGGUCGUACACAACGUGCUCCGCCAGGUAUUGGAAGCAAUGAAACAUGGUCUGCUGGUUGUAGCAGGGGUCAUGAAGGCCGAGUUGAAUCUAGACGCGCAGUUCGAUCUGCACAAGCAGUUUCUGGGACUCAACCGACGCCUUCACAAGCUAACGAAGGCUGACGAAAUGAAAGCUGAGUUGGAAAACCUCGUCAAGGCUCAUAGCGCCGCAUUCGGAGAGCUGCCACCUCCGCCCCCAGCGUUAACCGUCUUGACCACAGCACAACGAGCACCCGCAGCACCCACAGCAGCUCAAUUGUCGGAACUCCCGAAGCCGAAUUCGAAUCAUGAGUCUGACGAUGACGCCGAAGACGAUACCGAAGCUGAUACCGAAGCGGACGACGAAGAUAAUGCCUCGAGCCCCGAUGAUGUCGGAGAGAGUAUCUCUAGUACUAUUACGUUCAUCAACCUUGAAGUCCACCUCCUCACGAAGAUUUCGAGCCAAAGCCAACACUCAUUGCUAUGCGGCGUGCUGUAUCCAGCUAUCACCGCGAAAGCAAGCGGAAUUCCCAGUGCGCGAGAUGCCAAGGACAUGGGCAUACACAAGCAACCUGCAAAGACCGUCAGAAAUGCACAUUUUGUGGUCGUAACCAUGAGAGCUUACGCUGCCGGACUCCGGUGCCUUCCAAGUGUUGUAAUUGCCAGGGCCAACAUCCGGCGUACCACGACACUUGUCCGACGAGGUUGA